UAACACUAUGGGAUCUUCCAGGAAUUGGGACUCCCCAGUUUGAACCAAAGCAAUACUUGAAGAAGGCUUUUUCGGAGUAUGAUUUCUUCAUCAUCGCUGCUUCAAAUCGCUUUACUACGAAUGAUGUUCACUUGGCUCGUGAAAUUCAGAAGAUGGGCAAGAAGUUCUACUAUGUGCGCACCAAAGUGGAUGUCAAUAUAGAUGCUGAAAGAAGGAAACCAGACUUCUCUGAGGAGGCAUGCCUGGGAGAGAUUAGGACAUACUGCAGAGAUAACCUGACACAAGCAGAAGGAAAAUCUGUUCCAAAGGUUUUUCUCAUCUCCAGGUGGAAUUUGGAUCUGUAUGAUUUCCCCCUCCUUCAAGAGACCUUGGAGAAUGACUUGGAUGAUCUCCAGGGGUCUCCUAGUCGGUGGGCUCCCGAGAGGAGCAGAAAAAGAAUAGAGCGAGCACACUUCCCACCAAAAAGAACCACCAUGGGUGUUGCCAUCUCAAAAGCAAUCAUAAAAGAAGAACUUCAAAACCUGAAGGAUGAUUUGGAAAAUAAAAAUCUCCAAGAUGUGAUAGAUAAAAUCAGUAAGGACUUGGAUUUAUUAAAGAACACCACCCUUGACAUCGCCAUCACAGGGGUGUCGGGUGCUGGAAAAUCUUCGCUUGUCAACGCCCUGCGAGGAAUGACAGACUUUGAAGAAGGUGCAGCCGAAACUGGGGACACGAAAACAACAACGAAGCAGCAGAAAUAUCCACAUCCCACCUCCCCCAAAGUAACACUAUGGGAUCUUCCAGGAAUUGGGACUCCCCAGUUUGAACCAAAGCAAUACUUGAAGAAGGUACAUUUUGUGGAGUAUGAUUUCUUCAUCAUCGUUGCCUCAAAUCACUUCACUACGAAUGAUGUUCUCCUGGCUCGUGAAAUUCAGAAGAUGAGCAAGAAGUUCUACUAUGUGCGCACCAAAGUGGAUGUCAGUAUAGAUUCUGAAAGAAGGAAACCAGACUUCUCUGAGGAGAAAUGCCUGGAGAAGAUUAGGACAUACUGCAGAGAUAACCUGUCACAGGCAAGAGGAGAAUCUGUUUCGAUGGUUUUUCUCAUCUCCAGGUGGGAUUUGCAAAUGUAUGACUUCCCCCUCCUUCAAGAGACCUUGGAGAAUGACUUCAAUGAUCUCAAGAGAGAUGUUUUAAUUACAGCUAUGCCAGCUUUUUCCAAAGAAGUCCUGAAGAAGAAGAAGGCUGCUAUGGAGUCCUUCAUAUGGAAAGUAGCCCUGGUGUCUUGUGGCAUAGGGGCAAUUCCUGGCCCUGGCCCUGGCCUCUCUCUCAUCUGUGAUAUUGUCAUCUUGGCUGAAACAAUGAGACAUUUUUGCAAAGUCUUCGGCUUGGAUGCAGAUCCCCUCUAUAGACUUGCAAACCGGGUUGGCAAACCCGUUCCUGUGUCAAACAUCCGCUUCAAAGUGCUGGUUC